UUGACAGUUCAAUUAUGUGUUCUUGUUGUUUUUUCUGUUUCAUUUUUUCAAUUCAAAACAUAUAAAUAUAAUAAUAUUUAAUGGGCGAAGAUAAGGAAUGCCCUUGCACGGAUUCAUCAGUGUCCUCUAAUUUAUCAGUGUCAUCAAUUUCGGAAAAUGGAAGUGACAAUUUUAAAAAUAAAAAUGAAAUUCCAAUAUCAAAAUACAAUGAUUGUAAUCAAUUUCCUGAAAAUCAAUUUAUUUCCACCUCCUGCCAACCAGAAAUUUCCAAUCUCAUGAAAAAUGAGGAAAAAUUUUGUAUUUGUCAAACUUUUGGAACGGCUGGAAACAGAAUUCCAGUAAAUUAUAAAUCAGAUAAUUCGCCAGCUUGUAAGCGAGUCAAUUUAAAAUGGCCUAAAUCAAGAUAUUUUAGAAAGAAAAAUAAAACUUAUGAAGUAAAAUUGAAAAAGAAACGUUGUCAACAUUAUCCCAAGCCAUAUAUGUUUUGUGAAUUAUCUGAAGGAAUACCACAAAAGAAAUCACAAGAAGUGGAAAAUUCAAGUGAAAAUAAAAUACAUCAAACAGUGCAAAAACCAACGGAAAAAAUUGAUAUUUAUUAUUUUGAUCAUGGAAAUUCAGCAUAUUUUCAAACAACAGAUUCACCACCAAUAUUGGCAACGGAAAAAUGUGCGGACAAAACGGAAAAUGCAGCAACACGUUUUUGGGCUGAAAUUUUUGCAGUUGCACACAUUGGUUGUGCAUUUUUUACUGCAUUUAUCCUUCAAUUUAUACGCUUUAUUCUUCACAGUACAAUACGGCCAUUGACAGUGGGAAUAUUGCAAAUGUUUGCCGAUUAUUUUAUUAAACCAAUGCUGUCAAUAUUAUUUAAUGCCUUGAUACAGCCAUUUUUGAUAUUUUUUUACAAUAUAACGACGUCAAUAAAAGAUUUGUGCGAACCAAUUGCUGAAGCGAUAGGAUUUUUUUUGAGGGAGGCUGCCAAUUUUUUACGAGCAUUUAGAAUUGUUGAAAUAAAUCAAAAUGUUGAGAAAGGUGACAAAACUGAAAUAACUGCUUGUACGUGAAUUUUGGAAAAAAAUUUAUUUCACUGACGAAUUUAUUAUAUGCAAAUUAGAAAAAAAAAUUUCUAAUCAAGAUUUGUAAGUGUUUAUUUUAAAUUAUUAUUAUUAUUAUUAUUUAAUUUAAUAAUUGUUUAUAAUUUUUAAACAAAUUAGGAAACAAAAUUAACAACAAAUUUUAAUUCAAAAUCACUUGAAAUUUAAUUAUUAGUUGUAAAAAUUUCAAUAAUUUUUAACGAUUUUUAUAAUAUUA